AUGCUGCCCGGCAACCUUUACUCUCCGGCGGAACCACCGAACAAAUUCACGCCCUCAUUGGUGUUCAUAGUGACAGUGGUGACCUUUGUGUUACUUCUGUUGCUUGGAUCAUACCAUCAACGCAACGUAUGUGACCUGGUGUUGGUUGGCUGGGUAUUGUCCACGGGUCUACAUGAGUAUGCGCACGCUUUGACGGCUUAUAUUGGCGGCGACAGAUCGAUCCUAGCCAAGGGUUAUUUAGAUCUGAAUUUCUUACGAUACAUUGACGUUACUACGUCAAUUGUGCUGCCAAUAAUGAUGAUUGCGUUAGGUGGCAUAGCCUUGCCAGGGGCAGCGGUAAUGAUCCAGAGUUCGGAUCUACCCUCUGCCCAUUGGGAUGCCUUAGUGUCCGCGGCAGGGCCGUUGGGCACCCUGGUUUCAGCGGUUCUGUUUCGAGUUCUGAUGACCCUCCUCAAAGUGCUACCAGAAUCCUCGUCCCGAGUCUCCGCCGAAGCGCUUUCAUUCCUAGUCGAGAUCGAGUUCUUUUCUUUACUUCUCAACCUACUUCCCCUCCCUCCACUCGACGGUUGGGGCAUUGUAUCCCCGUACCUCAGCAACUCCUGCGGAUUAAAGGCAUACUUGGACCGAUCUCCGUGGAACAGGAAGACGGCCAGCCUUAUCACAUUCUUCGUGGUCUUCGUCGUUUUCUCAUUGCCGCCCAUGUUCGAGGCCAUUAGCUCUUGGGCCAACACGCUAUUCCUUCUAAACCCUCUAGACGUAUAUCGAGGUCACUCGAGGUUUUUGACGCCUUUCGACUAG